AUGUCUCUAGGUCAACCAUGGCGCACAGCUGUAGCAUUAUCCAUGGUGGCUCUUGCUCGCCUUGCGGCGGCAGAUAUCUGCUCGGCGAUCAAGCAAGAGGGCAUAGAGAUUGAAAACCCGCUGAGUCUCGACUACAACACGGACCUGACAAAGUAUUGGUCUGCUGCAUGUGGAGACCUAAAGCCGACAUGUAUUGCUGCUCCUUCGAGCGCUUUGGAGAUGUCGGCAAUUGUGAAGCAACUGCACAAUUUUGACGGCCUCUUUGCCGUGAAGUCGGGCGGACAUAUGCCCAACAAUGGCUUCGCCAGCAUUCAAGAUGGACUUCUCAUCUCGACCAAGAAUCUUGAUCAAGUUAUCUACAACCCCGAAGACCAGACUGCUAUCAUCGGUCCUGGACUUUCGUGGGAAGAUGCUCAGAAAGGUCUUGAUGGUACUGGUCGGGCACUCGUCGGUGGACGUCUUGGUGGCUAUGGCUGGGCAGCCAACAACGUGGUCAACUUUGAAGUGGUUCUCGCCAACGGAACCGUGGUCAAUGCCAACGCGAAGGAAAAUACUGAUCUCUUCGCGGCUCUCAAGGGAGGCGGUAACAACUUUGGCAUUGUUACCGCAUACACUCUUCAGACACAUCCUCAAGACCAUAAGGUAUGGGGAGGAAACUAUGUCUUUACCGCCGAUAAGACGCCCCAAGUCUUGAGCGCUCUUCGUGACUUCACCGAGCAUUAUCCCGAUGACAAGGCCGCCAUCAUUGUGACUUGUGAGCAUGGCUUGUUGAUUCAUACUUGGAUCAUGUUCCUCUUCUACGACGGGCCUGAGCCACCAGAGGGCGUUUUUACCAACUUUACGGCGAUUGGACCUACCGAUACUACCAAAACCUGGGAUAGCUACUAUGACUUGCUUAAAAACAACGAUUUCUUCAUUCUGCAUGGCCAACGGUACACUAUUGCUACCGAGACCACUCCCUUGCCGAACAAGACUGUCGGCGCGGAGGUCAUGCAAACAUACUACGACCACUGGUUUAAUGUGGCGAACACUGUGCUUGAAGUGCCCAACAUGCUCGGAUCAAUCGCAUUCCAGCCAAUGCCUCGAACUAUCACCAGGAAAGCCAAGGCUAGAGGAGGAGAUCUGCUCGACUUCCCCACAGAUCAAGACUAUAUCGUCAUUGAGCUCGACUUCUCCUAUGCUUUCGCUGCAGACGAUGCCAAGAUUGAUGCUGCCAAUCAAAAUCUCUACGGGGGCUUUGAUAACAUCAUCAGCGACAACAUUGACAAGGGACUCUUGCCUGAUGUUUACCGACCACUCUUCAUGAACGAUGCCUACUUCCGACAGGACUACUGGGGUCGUAUCCGCACCAAGGAGCAGGCAUUGCAAACUAGGAUCAGAUAUGAUCCAGAUGAAUUCUUCCAGAAGAGAACUAGUGGAGGAUUCAGGCUUCAUUAA